AAAUAAUUUUGACCAAUUUGUAGGAAAUCCACGGCACGAUUGAAGAUACCUAUGUGGCAAGCGUAGACACCGGGAAGGGUACCCGUGAUACUUUAAGGAUAUACGACACGGCUGGAUUGCAAGGAAGCGUCCAACUACCGAGACACUAUCUCAGUUAUCCGGAUGCAUUUAUACUUGUAUACGACCCCAGUGACCCCUCCAGUCUGGAUAUGCUCGCUGGAAUCAAGAGUGAUAUCGAUAAGUUCAAAGAUAAGAAAGAAAUUUUCGUAAUUGUGAUAGCAAAUAUGCGCUCCCGGCAGACUCGUUCGGCUAGCUCGUCGCCUAUCAACUCCUCCCACCUGCAGCAGCAGCAGCUGAACACCGAAGCUAUCGAAUCGAACCUGACACGGGCGAACAAUUGGUGCGCACGAGAGCGAAUUAAACACUAUACCGUGAAUGCAAUGGAGAGAGCCUCGCUGUACGAACCGUUCGUGCAGCUUGCCAGUCGGUUGUAUCCUGCUUCGACUAAGAGCAGUUUCCCACAGUUGCGUCAGCUGACGCAGAAAACCUCCAAAAUAGAUAAUAGUUAGGAUGUUACGUUAGCCUGUGUACGGCAGUAUGAACCAAAUAUUCUCUAGCACUUAGCAGUUUGUUGUUUGAUAAGUUUCUCUCGAGAAGGUGCAUUUUUACUUAAUUAGAGUAUUGUGAUUAAUUGCUGCAAUUAAUUUUUCUUUGAAGAUCAAUGAAGUUCAGAUAUUUAUUAUUUUCUGUUUUAAUUGAUGUUCGAUCAGGGAGACUACACUUAUUUUAUAGAAGGAAACCAGUUGCAAGUGGAAGUAUACUACAGUAUAAGCACAUAUCUUUACUUAAUUUUACGUUUAGGAAACGCCUGCACCCAGUUUGUAUGUUAAGCAUUUACGCCUUGUUAGUCAUCUGCUAAAGAUAUCCGAAACUUUGUAUCUCCUUAUUGUACUUACACAGUGUACUAUUAAAUAGAAGGUAAAAAUAAUAAACCAAUACAUGUACGAA